UCUUCUACACUGAAUCCGAAUCUCUCCUUUUCUGUUUCUCUCUCUCUUUCUCUUUCAACAUGGAAUUUGAAAAGCAUGAAAAAGGAAGCGUAUUAAGUGAGAAUUUAGAGGAGAAAUUGACGUCUAACUUCAAUGAGUACUUGACCUUGAAGGCUGGAAGCCAACAGGAGAGAGACGGAGGGACAUUGACUUACCCUUCAGAGGUCAGCGGGAAGAUUUCACAAGUAAGAGAAUUUAAAGCAAACGAACCUCGAGGAAUGCAGCAAAGUGGCCUCUUCAAAGCUGAAUAUGUCUUUAUUGUGGACUCUGAAGGGGAAGAGGAAGCUACAAGCAGAAAAAGUGAACCAAGCCCCUCAGUGGGCAUGGGCACCGCAGCUCCUCGGCCCACAUCUCUACCAAUCUCCUCCAGUCUGGGCUCCGAUGUGGUGCGUCCCAAAACACGGGCAACAACCCUCCAGGCCCCAUCGCAUCCUGAAAUGCCUCAUGGGAUGGCUUCUCAGCAAAAGCAUGGGCAGUUAACUUCUUCUCCCACUACCUCUGAGCAGCUUGCCUGUAAACCACCUGCUUUCUCCUUUGUUUCUCCAACCAAUCAGAAAACACCACCUGACCCAGUUCACCUCGGCGGAGCCUCUGUGCUAGAGGAGUUCCACACUAGGAGGCUGGAUGUCAGUGGGGCCUUGGUGGAAGAAACAGCUACGUAUUUUCAAACUUCUGCUCACUCUUCACCCUUUUUUGCAUCGAAGGGCACCUCCUCAACGCGUCAGUUUCCUCAUUCCACUCAGUUAUCAGGUCCUAAUGUACCCGAUCCCAGUGAAGCAGAUAAAAAACCUGGACUGACAUCAGAAGUCCUGAAGAAGAAGACGUUAGCCUCACAUGCCCUUAGCCCCAGAGAAAGUCUGAGCACCUCUUCUCCACGCUCCUCUGGUGUUCCUCUGAAGUCGAAUUCAGCCUCGUACAUACCAGUCCGUAUUGUCAUGCAUUCACUCUCUCCAAGUCCAAAACCAUUCGCCUCCUCUCUCCAGGGCUCUUCAUCUACUCUCUGCAGCCCAGUGUCAUCUAGUGGAAAUCUCUCCAAGUCAGGGGUGAAAUCCCCGGUGCCCUCCCGGCUUUCACUUCUCACUGCCAUCCUCAAGUCAAAGCCUUCUCACCAGAGACCCUUUUCUCCUGCAUCCUGUCCCACUUUCUCUCUCAACUCCCUGGCUUCGUCCACACUCACACUUGAUCAAAAAGUAAAGCAAACCCCAUCCACACCUAAAAAAUCUCUCUCCAGUUGCUCCCUGAGAGCUGGGUCUCCUGAGCAAAGAGAACACCAGGGCUCUGAAUUUAGCCCGCCAUCCUUUCACGUACCCUUCUUCACCCAAUUUGCUCCCCUUUCUCAGGCACCCCCCCUUUCUCCCACAAAACAUGAAAGUGGUAGUCUUUCUUCUUUCAAUGCAGAGAAAACAUCAUCACCCACAUCUUUCAAGAGCAAUCCUGCCCUGUCCCUGCUACAAACAAAUACAUCGAGUCCUGUAGUUCUUCCUCCCGUUCCACCAAGCUUUUCUCCUUUUCCUUGGAUGGGCAAAAAGGAUACUGACAUCAAGCGUCCAGGAAAGCCCAGGAAUAUUUACACAGAUCCUUCUGCAUCAGCCUCCUCUACGUUACCUUCUGCACUUCCCACUAACCAAAGAGCCACACUUUCCUCUCCAGAGAAAUGUUUCCGUCCUUCUCCAGCUCUUUCAAACCUGAUACACAGAUCCCAGAAAGCAUCACCACAGCUGUCUGGCCAGGGGCAGAGUCCUUCUGCUCCUCUCUCACCUCCUGCCUCUAGUACUAGCUCUGCCUCUCUUCCCAAACUGGGGUCCUCCCCUCUCCCUCAUGCUAAUCUUCCCACCCAGGCGCUCCAGCCCAGUCGUUCAGCACUGCACCCCAAUUGUGACAGUGGUACCUUGCCUUCAAGACAUGGGAAAUUGGAAAGCUCAAUAUCCGACCACAGGUCAACGGUUUCAACUCCUUCACCUCCCAUCGCUCUAACAAGAACCAAGGAGUUGAUUUCACCUUGUGCAUUUUCCUUGUCAACAGACCCUGAAAAUAAGAAACCCAAGCAAUACAAGACCAAGUCAAGCUACAAGGCUUUUGCAGCAAUCCCUACAAACACAUUGCUUUUGGAACAAAAGGCACUAGAUGAACCCUCCAAGGACAGUGUCUCCAAGGACAACACGUUAGACCCACCUCUGGAGUUUUGUUUUCCUGCAAAGCUCAGGCAGCAAACUGAAGAGGUCUGUGCUACCAUUGAUAAGGUCUUACAGGAUUCCUUGUCUAUGCAUUCUCCUCAUUCUCCUUCAAGUUCCCUACAGACAUUGUUGGGUUCUGACACUAUCAAAACACCUACAACUCUUCCAAGAGCAGCUGGUCGAGAAACCAAAUAUGCAAACCUCUCUUCACCAUCCUCUACAGUAUCUGAAAAUCAGCUGACUAAACCUGGAGUAAUUCGCCCAGUACCUGUAAAGUCCAAAAUAUUACUGAAAAGAGAGGAGGAAGUCUAUGAACCCAACCCUUUCAGUAAAUAUUUAGAAGAUAACAGUGACUUCUUUUCUGAGCAGGAUGUGACAGUCCCUCACAAGCCUGUUUCUCUCCAUCCUUUGUAUCAGACUAGACUCUAUCCUCCUGCUAAGUCCCUGCUGCAUUCACAGUCCCUCUCACAUGCCGACUGUCUUACCCCUGGACCCUUCAGUCAUGUGUCCUUCUCACUGACUGACGAACAGGAGAAUUCCCACACCCUGUUUAGUCACAACGCGUUUAAUAAGCUGAGUCAUCCAAUGGUGACUAUUCCUGAACAUGAAACUCUUGAUUCCAAAGAGCAAUGAAGUUGGAGCAGAAGCUAAAAACCCAGGCUACGCUAAAGCUUUCCGGAAUGCUGGUGCUAAUAGUUUACUAGAUUUAACUUUUAUUUUUUUCAGUAUUUCCCCUUGAGCAGUGCAGCAGUAGAACUAGAAAAAAGUUUCUUGCAAGCAUAGAACAUCUCAGUACGCUAUGACACCUAGCACAGGAGAGAUUUACCUACAGCUUCUUGCACCACUGUUAGAGUCUUCAAUGACUUCUGUUAAGCUGACAGCAAUACUAAUGUGCCCCUGUAUUUAACAGCAAAAUAAAGAAGA